AUUGUACUUCCGGUCUACGCGAGAUCGUUGUGUUUUAUUUAUUCUUUCUAUUAAAUUUGUUAAUAAUUAUAAUCAAAAAUGUCUAGAAGACGAAGAGAAUCGUACAGUGACGACGAGGAUGAAACCAGUCACCGCAGUAAAAGAAGACGUACUUCAGAUGAUGUUAAUAUUGAAGACAGACUGGACUCUCUCAUAACCAGAGUUGGAGAAAAAAGUACUUCAUCUUUAGAAAGUAACUUAGAAGGACUUGCUAGUGUUUUAGAAGCCGAUCUUCCAAAUUACAAAGACAAGAUUGUUAAAAUUUUAUGUGACUGCGUGGUGUAUUUACCUGAGAAGAUUACUGUAUAUACCACAUUAGUUGGUUUGUUGAAUGCCAAGAAUUAUAAUUGUGGAGGAGAGUUUUCUGAAUUAUUAGUCAGAAAUUUGAAAGAAGCUUUGAAGACUGGUGAAUUUGAAAGUGCACGAAUGAUUGUUAGAUUUGUGGCUGAUUUGGUGAACUGUCAUGUUCUAGUAGCCUCGUCUGUUUUACAAAUGUUUGAUAACUUUGUUGAAGUGGCUUUAGAAGAUAAUAUUCCACAGGUGAGGUCAGAUUGGUAUGUUAAUUCUGUACUAUCAGCACUUCCUUGGGUGGGACGAGAAUUAUUUGAAAAGAAAGAAGCAGAAUUGAGUAAAUUACUUCAAACAAUAGAAAAUUAUAUUAGUAAGAGACAUCAUAUUCAUGUACCAUCUUUACGAGUUUGGGCGUCCGAUGAUCCCCAUCCACAAGAGGAGUAUUUAGAUUGUUUGUGGGCUCAGAUAAAAAACCUCCGAAAUAAUAAAUGGGUUGAAAAACAGAUCUCACGUCCAUAUUUGGCAUUUGAUGGAGUUCUAUGUGAUGCCCUUCAGCAUACCCUGCCACAGAUAAUACCCCCAUCACAUAAUGAUGAAAUGAAAUAUCCUAUUCCUACUGUAGUGUUUAGGAUAUUUGAUUACACAGACGUACCCGAGGGUACUGUAUUACCUGGAAGUCAUGCUAUAGAACGAUAUCUUAUAGAAGAACAGAUCAACAAAAUAAUUGAUUCAAACUAUCUAGAACGGAAAGAAUGCGCUGCAGCUCUUCUAAGCUUUCCAACAAAAAAUAAACUUCCUCUAAAUUAUAUCAUCAUUGAGACUGUUUUCGGUCAGUUGUUUAGAUUACCUAAGGCGCCACAUUUAGAGUUAUUCUAUGGUGUUAUAUUAUUGGAGGUGUGUAAAUUACAGCCUAGCACCAUGCCUCAAGUUCUUGCCCAAGCUACAGAGAUGUUAUUUGAAAGACUUGAUAGUAUGCAUACCAUAUGUAUUGAAAGGUUGGUCACAUGGUUUUCCUAUCAUCUGAGUAUGUUCCAGUUUCGAUGGAGUUGGGAAGACUGGUCUAUUGCCGUACAACAAGAUGCUACGUCACCUAAAGCCAGAUUUGUACAUGAAGUUUUACAAAAGAUUUUACGAUUAUCAUAUCAUCAGAGAGUAAUGGAAUCGGUACCUGAAUCAUUUCACUGUCUUCUACCUGUAAAACCACAGCCAUUUUAUAAAUAUGAACAAGAAGGAGCAGGAAGUUUACCAGGUACAAUGAAAGCCCAUGCAUUAAUGUCGGCCAUUAAAUCUAGAUGUACACCAGAAGAAGCUGCUGCCAUUCUUAAAGAAUUACCUAAUCCAAUGGCUGAUGAUGAUAGUAGUAGUGAGCCAGUUUUUAAUCCAUUAAAGAUAGAUGUUUUUGUAUCAACACUGUUGUAUUUAGGAAGUAAAUCAUUUAGUCAUUCGUUCGCAGCAUUAGCCAAAUUUCAUCCGUUGCUCAAGUCAUUAACUGAAACAGAAGAGGCUCAGAUUUGUUUAUUACGAACAUUGUAUGAAGUGUGGAAAUCACACCAACAGAUGUUGGUUGUUUUAGUUGAUAAAUUAUUAAUGCUGCGGAUGGAUUAG